AGAGAGCACAGAAGCAACUGCUGAGAGGAACAGCAGCUGUACCCAGGAGAACAGGUCCUUCUGAAUACCACCGCACAGGGACCAUGUACCUUCUACCCUGCCUACUAGUACUGCUCUUCUACAACUAUGUGGAAGCCAAUUUCACCAGCAGGUGGCAAUUAGUGGUGUUUUUUCCAUCCGCCCAUCGGGUGCGGCGCUCCUCGCCUCAAUUCCUGGACCCGGUUCUUCAAAAAUCAAUGCCUGAGGUGGAGCUGCUUUAUGAGUUCCUGUCCACUGGAGUUCAGAUUGAUCCAGACAGCAGAAUGACCCUCCGCGACCCCGAGCUGUCCUCUCUGCGGAAAGCCACCACCUUUGAUGUUGUGUGCAAUGAUGUCAUCCCCAAGGCCAUCUCAGAUAUUCGGAGGUUGGGAGACCAGCUGUCCAUGGUCCGUGGUCCACUGAAGAGGGAGGACUUUGAGAGGACAGUGCUGACCAUGGCUUACACAGCCUUAAAAACAUCAAAGUCGGACAACGAGAACCAGAGAAGAAUAUGGAUGGAAUCCCUCAACAAGCUCUUUGUAGCACUGAAAAGAGACUUGAUGUCCUUGUACAAUAUGUACGAUAAAGAAGGUCAACAAUGACCAUUGACCUUGCCACACUCUUUUCAAUCCCUGCAUGUGAUACCCUGUCAGUAUAAACGUUAAUAUAAUUUAUUUACUUAUUAAAACUUUAGACAUUAAAGGGGUUGUCUAUCUCAGGAGGCUUUAAACAAUCCCUCCAUUCCCCAACUCUCCGUUUAUGUCUGCUGGAUACCCUUUCUUUGUGUAAUAAAGGAGUUUGG